CUGCAGAUAAACAAUUAGCUAAAGGCCAUUUCACCAAUCACCAUGUUUGUAUAGGCUAAAUGGUGAUGUAAUGUACGACCGCGCAAAAUAAUGUAGUCUUUCUACGUACAGUGUUUUCACUCCGACAUAAUUCAUUCAUAUGAAGUUCCUCCCCUGGACUGUAAUGGAUUUUUAUCGAUAACGUUCCUGGCCAGAACAACAACCGAGACAACCCAACGGACCGUGGCUCUCUACAACCUCACUGUUCAACAUCUUCCACAUCGCCGACCGACAAUACACGUUAACUGUAAGUUUCAGCGUCUGGUUAUAGUUUAAAUUACUAUAAUCAAAACACGACAGAUUACCUGAUAUCACUGGUCUUUUAUUGUUUGAUUAGACUCUGAGCAUGGAGAGUCGGAUGAGCCAGUACAGUAAACUUCCGCCUGCGCGCAGGAUGGGAAAGGGCGUCAUGUUCACGGGCGUCAUGUAAGCGCAGGGGUCGGCCAUCACACCGACCGAUUCGCAACCCUCCUCCCAGUUUAUCAAUAAAAGACCAGCGAUUUCAGGGUUGCAGCCCAGACAAGCUCACAACAGGGUCCAGAGAUGGCAUCAGUGAAGCUGGAGGACUGCAGUCAAACACUGGAACUCAAUGUGAUUAUCAAAGAGGAGGAGGAGGAGCGAGAAAUCCAGGAGGAGGAGGAAGAGGAAGAAGAGGAUGAGGAAGAUAAUGACAUUGACUCUGAUAUGGAAGAAGAGGAGGACCAGGGAGAAAGAGGUGUGGCCAACCCAGGGCUUGUUAUUGUUAAAAGAGAGGAUGAGGAGGAGAGGGACAGAGAGAAGGACGAAGAGGAGGAGGAGGAGGAAGGUGUGGAUAGGACCAAGCCAGGAGAGGGUGCCAGCUCUGACCCAGACAGCCUUGGGGACCCUGACCCGGAGAGACCGUACCUCUGCUCCCAGUGCGGCAAGCGGUUUACUGCAGCCAGCAGCUUGAAGAUACACACGAUGACCCACAGCGGAGAGAAACCCCACCAUUGUUCCGUUUGCGGGAAGGCCUUCUUGCGAUCCUAUGACCUGAGACGACACCAGGUGGUUCACAAAGGAGAGGUUGCCAGAUCUGACACAGACAUCUCUGAGAAGCACCACCGCUGCUCCGAGUGCGGAAAGAGGUUCCUCACAAAGACGCGGCUGAACAGACAUGCGCUGAUUCACAGCGGAGAGAAACCACAUCGGUGCUCUGUCUGCGGGAAGUGUUUCUUACGACCCGACGACCUGAGGAGACACAUGACCAUCCACACCGGAGAGAAAACCAAGCACGUCUGCCAUCCGUGUGGGAAGACCUUCGCCUUGCUACGGCACCUCAAGAUCCACCAGCGAGUCCAUACGGGAGAGAAACCAUACCACUGCUCCAAGUGCGCAGAGAGUUUUGCCCACCUGUUGGAGUAUAGGAAGCACAGACAGACCCACCGUAUCGAGAAACCAUACCACUGUGAUGACUGUGGCAAGAUGUUCUCCCACUUCAGAACCCUCAAGGUUCAUCGUCUGAUCCACACAGGAGAGAACCUCCACCACUGCUCCUACUGCGGGAAGGGCUUCACGAUCAGAGGGAACCUCAACACCCACCUACUGACCCACACCAAGGAGAAACCGCAUCAGUGCUCCAUCUGCGGACAACGCUUCGCCAGAUCCCAGUGCCUGAAAAAACACAAGCUCAAGAAGUUACACAUGGAAGAGGUCCUCUACCACAUCUGCGACUGCGGUAAGAGCUUCACGGAUGUAGAGAAGCUGCAGACGCAUGCAAGGACGCACUUGAAGAACCUUGAGAAGAGGUUCUGCUGCUCGUACUGCGGUCGGACGUUCGUACGGGCUGGUGACCUUCAAAGCCACCAGAGAACACACACUGGAGAGAAACCGUACGUCUGCACUAUAUGCGGGACCCGUUUCGCCCAGUCUGGGAACCUGAGAGUGCACCAGAUCACGCACACUAAAGAGAGGCCGUACCCUUGUACUGUCUGUGAUAAGGGGUUCACCACACCGGGGAGUCUGAAGGUGCACAUGAGGCUCCAUACAGGGGAGAAGCCGUAUGUCUGUAGCCUGUGUGGGAAAGGGUUCCAUGUACCCAAAUUGCUGAAGAAACACCAGGAGCAUCACACAAGCGAGAUGACAGCCUCCUUGGACAUGACAUAGGAAAAGCCUACAAUUUGUCUGGAGGCCUUUUAUUUUGGAAAACACAUGUCGUCAAUGAGACCAGUGGCCAGUACUUUAGUCACUGAGGCCUAUCCUUUCUCAAUUCAUCUUUCCUCGAUUAUCUCGCAUCCUCUCUCCUCACCUCCUCAACUGUAUUGGAGGAGAAUAUCUAAAGUCCCUCUCCUCAGACCUUCUUCUCCUUCAAUGAGUUUUGAGAAGAAGCUGAGGAGAGAGAAUGGAAGGACUCGAGGACUGAUGAAUUCAGAAAAAAAAAUCCAGGUUUCAAUGGCCAAAGGAUUGCUGGUGGUUUCUCUGCUGCUCUCACUAGCAUCGCUGGGCUUCGGGCACGUACCAGUGGAACGUCUACAUUUGAAACAGUCUAUAAAUCCAUUUAAGGACAUGGGUUUUCAAAAUAAAAGUAAUCUGAAAUUGUGCCGCAAAUGUACUUUUCAACAUCUCACUAGUCAUGACAGAAUUUGUAGAGCCUAGUGGUUAGAGUGUAGGGGUGGCAGGUAGCCUAGUGGUUAGAGUGUAGGGGAGGCAGGUAGCCUAGUGGUGAGAGUGUAGGGGCGGCAGGUAGC